GUGCCGGAGGCCACAGACUUUCGCGAAGGUGGACGCACCGAGCGUUUUCCGCCGGACUCCUUUUUGAUCACCGCCGCCGCGUGCGCUUUCGCGGUCGGCUGCGCCGUCGUCGACGUCGGACGUGACCGCGGCGACCGUCUCCACCGCUGCCUGACACGGUCAGAUCGCUCGGCCGGUGAUCAUCGUCAACCACGGUGACCAUUGUCGCGUGUCCGACACCGAAACCGCGAGCGGAUCGGAGGAACCGUGACCAGCGACAACCGAAGAACCGGCGCGCCAUCGGUCGACGACCGACAGCCGGCUUUCUCUGCACGCCACGCUUCCUUCCGUCUACGCCGGCCGCGAGGUUGACCCAGGUCCAAGGACAAGAUCGAACGAUGCUGGCUCGAUGCCUAAUUUUCGUCGGUGCAGCUGCGGCAGCCAUGUCCGCGGGUGGCCACGGGUUCGACGCGCAUUUGCGCGGUCCCAGCUUCGUCAUGGAGCCACCAUCCCGGGUGGAAUUUUCGAAUUCGAGCGGCGCCUGGUUGGACUGCACAGCGACCGGAAGCCCGCCGCCCAACAUCGAUUGGUCGACCGCGGACGGACAUCCGGUAAACGACGUACCGGGCGUCAGGAGGGUGCUCAGGAACGGCACCCUGGUCCUUUUGCCGUUUCCGGCGGCCGCGUUUCGACAGGACGUGCACAGCGCAGCCUACAGAUGUGUCGCAAGCAACUCGGUCGGCAGGGUGCUCAGUCGUGAUGUGCAAGUCAGAGCAGUGGUGGCUCAAGCAUACAAAGUCGACGUGGAAGUGAUCGGGGGUGCGUCGAGGGGAUGCACGGCAGUGUUACGAUGCGUCGUACCCAGCUUCGUGAAAGAUUUGGUCCGCGUAGUGUCCUGGUUGCAGGAGCCCUCGUUUUACAUUUACCCAUCUCUGCAAGGAGAUGGAAAGUUUCAUCUACUGCCUACCGGUGAACUCCUGGUUCACAGUCUAGAGUUCAGCGAUCAGAUACACGGAUACAGGUGUCGAACGAUGCAUCGUCUCACCAGACAAGUUGUCGUUAGUUCCGUGGCGAACGUCAGGAUAGCUGAUCACAGGGGAGUGAUGCCGCCGGUGAUUCUUGAAAAUUCCGGCGUGGUGCACGUUGCUCAAGAUGAAUCAACGUCAUUAGUUUGUGUGGCGCAGGCCUGCCCUACUCCCGAAUAUCGAUGGUACGCGCAAACCGGAUCUGAGCCGAUGCUAGUACACUCUGGACCACGGACCAGACUGCUCGGUUCUGUCCUGGCCCUCGAAGCUGUCACACUGGAAGACAGCGGCAUUUACCGUUGCUCCGCGUCUAAUCCUGGCGGCGAAACCAGCGCCGAAAUUCGGCUCAUCGUGACCGCCCCGUUGCACGUAGAAGUGACCCCUCCGUUGCUGAGCGUCCAUUUGGGCGGUAAUGCCGAAUUUAGAUGCGAGGUCAGCACAAAUCCACAAGCAGGACCGCACUUUGUUACCUGGUACAAGGAUGGCCGGCAGCUGCCAGGAACCGGCAGACAAUCAGAAUUAUUGAGGCUCAACGGGAUCGGUAGGGAAGAUCGGGGAAUGUAUCAGUGCAUAGUCAGACGGUCGGAAGGAGACACCGCGCAGGCCUCAGCCGAACUUCAACUGGGCGAUGCACCGCCGAUGCUAUUACACUCAUUCAUCUCGCAAACGAUGCAACCUGGACCAGCCGUAUCCAUGAAGUGUUCUGCGGCAGGGAAUCCCACACCGCAAGUCACAUGGGCCUUAGACGGGUUCCCUUUGCCAACGAAUGGAAGAUUUGUCAUAGGUCAAUACGUCACAGUCCACGGGGACGUCAUAUCCCACGUCAAUAUCAGUCACGCGAUGGUGGAGGAUGGUGGCGAAUAUUCUUGUACGGCCGAAAAUCGGGCUGGAAAAGCCAAUCACGCUGCUCGUCUCAACGUUUAUGGUCUUCCAUACAUCCGCCUAAUACCAAAGGUAACCGCCGUCGCCGGUGAAACUCUUCGCUUGAAGUGUCCAGUCGCCGGCUACCCGAUCGAGGAAAUCAAGUGGGAACGCGCGAAUCGUGAAUUGCCGGACGAUCUCCGGCAAAAAGUGCUUCUGGACGGUACCCUAGUGAUCUCAAGCGUGCAGAAGAAGGGGGACGCAGGGGUCUACACGUGUUCAGCGAGGAACAAGCAAGGCCACAGCGCAAGAAGAUCCGGCGACGUAGCAGUGAUCGUUCCUCCCAAAAUUAGCCCAUUCACGGCAGAUCGCGACCUCCACCUCGGCGAGCGCACCACGUUGACAUGCUCGGUGACCAGGGGCGAUCUGCCUCUCUCGAUCUCCUGGCUCAAGGACGGACGAUCGAUGGGUCUAUCGGAGCGUGUCAGCGUCACCAAUGUGGACCAGUACAAUAGCAUACUGAUGAUUGAAAGUUUAUCUCCAGAUCACAACGGCAACUACUCGUGCGUGGCCCGUAAUCUGGCCGCAGAGGUAUCACACACGCAGCGGCUUGUGGUUCAUGUACCCCCUAUUAUUGAGCCAUUUACGUUCCAAGAGGGACUAUCCGAGGGGAUGCGGACGCGGACGGUGUGCGGGGUCGCGGCGGGUGAUCCACCCCUAACUAUAUCCUGGCUAAAAGACGGCCAAAGUCCCUUUCCCUUGCCGCCGAAUCUGGCUUCCGUCGCAAACGUCUCCCAACUGGAUUCCUACUCAAGCCUCCUCAGUAUAACGAACCUCGCGGCCGAGCACUCCGGCGACUAUACCUGCGUCGCCGCGAACCCCGCCGCCGAGGUCAGGUACACGGCCAAGCUACAGGUAAAAGUGCCGCCGCGAUGGAUCGUCGAGCCGACGGACGUCAGCGUCGAGAGGAACAAGCACGUCGCCUUGCACUGCCAAGCGCAGGGCGUGCCCACUCCCACUAUCGUUUGGAAAAAAGCCACGGGAAGCAAGUCCGGUGAAUACGAGGAGUUGCGAGAAAGAGAUUACACGAAAAUCCUCAGCAAUGGUUCCCUGCUUCUGCAACACGUGAAAGAAGACAGAGAAGGAUUCUAUCUCUGUCAAGCUAGCAACGGUAUCGGAAGUGGCAUUGGAAAAGUGGUCCAAUUGAAAGUGAACUCAUCUCCAUAUUUUGCGGCACCUUCGAGGCUCGUCACCGUGAAAAAGGGCGACACCGCGACGUUGCAUUGCGAGGUGCACGGCGACACACCAGUUACCGUCACUUGGUUAAAGGGAGGAAAAAUUGAAUUAAACCCCUCGACAAACUAUCGGGUUACUGUCAAGCGAGAGGAAACGCCCGAUGGUGUAAUAGCCCAAUUACAAAUAUCCAAUGCAGAAGCGUCUGACAGCGGUGCGUAUUUCUGCCAAGCGAGUAACCUUUACGGUCGUGAACAACAAUUGGUGCAACUCCUCGUACAAGAACCACCGCACCCGCCAAAUUCGUUAGAAACCGCAAUGGUUGCCAGUCGUAGUAUUAAUGUAAAAUGGCAACACAAGUCCCAAGACACUGGCGAAGUGACAAAAUACAUCCUCGAAUAUAAAGAAGGCAUUGGUGGUAUGUGGCAACAAAAAGAAUUCACCGGACCACCACUUCCGUACGCUGCCCUCAUAGACGAAUUAAAGCCGGCGACUAGGUAUACUGUUCGUGUAAUAGCCGAAGGGCCGGCGGGUAGGUCGGUACCGUCCGCAGAGCUAAUCGUUAGAACAGAGCCAGAAAGACCGGCCGGUCCACCAAUUAAACUUGCGGCGAGAGCUCUAUCCUCCUCCGAAAUCUUAAUCUCCUGGUCGCCGCCGUUACCUGAACUCCGACACGGUGAUAUCCAGGGAUUUAACGUUGGCUAUAGGGAAACAAGCUCUUCAAAUCCCUCGUACAACUUCAGUUCUGUAUCCGGCGACGGAGAAGAGGGGGGUGCCGAACUUCGGCUAACAGGACUUCGACCCUACACAAAGUACACUUUGGUAGUUCAGGCGUAUAAUCAAGUUGGGUCUGGACCACUUUCUGAACCUUUGCUCACGCAAACUUUGGAAGAUGUACCUAGCAUGCCACCAGAAGAUGUCCGAUGCGCCGCGCUAACUUCCCAAUCCCUUCAAGUGUCAUGGCAACCGCCACCUAACACACAUAGCAAUGGCAUCAUUCAAGGGUACAAGUUGCAUUACGAACCAAUUUUGGCGGACGUGUGGCGCAGCGUCGACGAAAUGGAAGUACGAAAGACAAGUGCUUUGACCACUGUACUCACGGGGUUAAGAAAAUUCACGAAUUACACUAUACAAGUGCUAGCUUUCACCAAAGUUGGCGAUGGAGUACCAACCACCGUUACUUAUUGCCAAACCGAAGAAGAUGUACCAGGUAGUCCAGCAGAUAUAAAAGUGGUGGUUAGUUCACCGCAAGCGCUCUUCAUCUCUUGGCUCCCACCCCUUGAACCGAACGGACAUAUUACAAAAUAUAAUCUAUACACAAGAGUCGUAGACGGCCGAGAGGAACUAAAUCACGGUAAAAGACAACUGCCAGCUACGAGUACCUACUUCGAGGCGACUGAUUUUCAACAACACGUAGAGUAUCAAUUUUGGGUGACAGCUAGCACCCGAGUUGGCGAGGGGCAAAGUUCCAGAGUAGCUGCACAGGUACCAACGAAUCGGGUACCAGCUAGGAUUACUUCUUUUGGGGGCCAUGUAGUCAGACCAUGGAGAGGAUCCGCCACCCUAGCUUGCAACGCGGUCGGAGAUCCUACUCGAGAAUGGUUUAAAGGAUCUGCAGAACAAAUCCGUACAGACACUACUAGAAAUAUACAAAUUUUACCAUCUGGCGAACUUGUACUCUCGAACUUGCAAUCUCAAGAUGGCGGCAACUAUACUUGUCAGGUGAAGAACACACAAGGCAGCGACAAGCUGCACUAUACGUUGACUGUGCAAGUACCCCCAAGCGCACCUGUACUUUAUGUGACCAGCUCUACGUCGAGCAGCAUUUUAUUACAUUGGAAAGCCGGGCACAGUGGUGGUGCUCCGUUGACAGGGUACACGUUGCAUUAUCGAACGACUCAUGGUAACCUGGAAGAACUGCAAUUAUCUCGACACUCCACAAGCCAUGAACUUAAGGGACUCUUAUGCGGGAACACCUACCAGUUGUACCUAACAUCACACAACAAAAUUGGCAGCAGUCCGUCAUCCCCUGCCCUCUCGGUACGGACUCAGGGACAAGCGCCAGGUAUACCAUCCGCUGCUUCCUUUCUCAGUCCAAAUUCUACGACGCUGGUCCUGCGCCUUCACGUGUGGCCCGACAAUGGCUGCCCCAUUCUCUACUUCGUGAUCCAGUACAAACCUAUCAACGAGUUCCACUGGACGCUGGUGUCGAACAGCGUCAAAAUGCAGCGACGCUUCGUUGUGACCAAUCUUCAACCAAGCUCGGUCUAUCAGCUGAAAGUGGAAGCUCACAACGUGGCCGGUAGCAAUCAGGCGGAGUUCACUUUCGUAACGUUAACGAAAGAAGGUGAACCGCCAUCCCCAGAACUCUCGAAACGCGGUAUCGCGUCCGCCGUGCCGUUCUACGCGGACGUGAAGGUGAUGCUGCCUCUGAUCGUGACCACCAUCGCUCUCCUGAUCGCUAUGGUGAUCGUUGCCAUCCGCUGGCGAAGCAGGUACCUCGGAGACAGAGUGCAACGGCCGAUGAAAGAGUCCCAGGAAAACCAACAGAAUGCGGAGACUCAAAGGGAACGUUACUAUGCCACCAUACACAAAGUGGCGUUGCAACAAGCGAAUACGGGUGGAGGGCCCGACAAGAUUCCAGAGACAGCGGAGGACAUCUCUCCGUACGCUACGUUCCAGCUUUCGGAGGGUGGCGGGGGAAGCCUGGCAGGGUUGGGAGGGCUGGGAGGACUGGGAGGCGCGGCGGAAGCUUCAGCAGCCGGUCUCCACCCGAACAACACUCUUCUGCACAGUUUCAUGUAUCACGAGCACGCCAUGACCGAAGGGUGCGCAAGUCCUCCGCCUGCCGCGACGAGCAUGAAGAGCGUUUCGUCGAGGAGACGGCAGCAGAGAAAGCAACAGACUCCAGGCGACGUCGAGAGCGACGAGAGCGAAUCUGACCCGGAUCAACUGACGAGCUCUCGCACGGAGUCUUCCAAUCAGUUGGACGCUGGCAAACUGAAACACAUUCGAGCCGUUUCCGAUUUCAUUUACCACGGUACGUCGAGCACUUCAUCGGACAUCUCACCCAUGUCAGAACAGAAGUCACUUCCUCGAAGAGGACGAUCUAGAUGGCAUGUUCCCAGCAGGAGCUCGCUACGCACGCUAUUACCGCCGAUAUCGGUCGCGGAGACCACGUUCGUAGGCAAUCAGGGAAACGUAGUGGCGGGGAACGGCGAUCGUUCCGAUCGGCCGGAGCUCAGCGAAGCCGAGUGCGACAUCGAUUCCUUGAAAAAACUGAAGCUCGGCCUGAGGAGCUCUCUGUGGUCAAGGCCGAGCACCCAGAACAACCCAUCCUCCGACUACUCAAUCGCCGUUUAAUUCACCAUCCUCCUUCCCCUGAGUGCAUCCGGCACGUCCCGUGUGUGUCCACGGUAGGCAAACGCUGUGUUCCUCGCCCCAGUACCCACCAAUCCGCACCCCGUGGUCCAAAACAAUUAGGUAAAAAAUGAAUCCUUCUACACGGUGUCCCGUCGUGAAACGUUUUUUCGGCGUGGUUAGCAUUCUAUUUAACGAAGGAGAAAAAAGGAAAAAUGUCGAGAACGCGCGUGAGAACGCGUGACAAAGAAGGGGCGCGCUACGAUUGAAAAAGCGCCCGUUCCCCCUCCCCUCCACCCAAGUUUCUUCUCUCUGUCGAUUAUAAUUAGGUGACAAAUUAAAUAGCGCUCGUUGCUGGGAAUCGAAACCGCGACGAUGUCCGUUUGCAGGCAACGAGGCGAAGACAGGGAACGGUUCACGGAUUGCACCGUCGAAAGUAUUCAUUUGGCAAGUGACCCCCUAAUCUAACCCAACCCCUAGGUCUUGGACGCUCAGUCAUCUUUUUUCCCCUCUUUGCCUGUGACGCAACGAGAAUAUUACGAGCGUGCGUGCGUGCGUGCGACGCGAGUGAGUGAAUGAUCGGCGAUGAUCGGUUGAAUGAGUUGAAUCGCGUGCAGGAGUGCGUGCCAAACGACAAUUUGCUCAGACCGCUGCGACUCGUGCGCCGGCGGGCGACCCAUUCGAGACCAAAGACUUAAAUCGUACGAACAGAGCACGGGAAAGUCCUUCGAGCGCCCGGGAAUCUGCGUUCAGCGACGCCGUUUACGAUUCGAGGCUGUUUCCAUAAUGGAACGUACACUUUGAUCUUCGCUUUGGCAUCGUUUGAACUCUACCAUUUUAGUGUCUUGGGUCUGAGAAGAACUGAAAUAACUUGAAGAAAGGAAUUUGGUUCCGUUUGUUCAUCAGUUGAAGCUGUUUAUUCUAUUAGAGGAUUCGAAAAUUGGUUUUUUAUUCUAUCUUAGCGUCUUUCAGAAUAAACAUAUUGUGCCAAUAUUUGACCAAUGGUAGACAUUCGAAAUAAUUGUCUAGUGACAAAUUAUUCCUUUUAUUAAUUGAUAUAAUGAUACAACUCUGACACGUGCAAAGUGUCUCAUACAUUUCAAUCUGUUUGGUUUUCUUCAUAAAUAAAUCAGUUUUUGUGACAUUCGUGUUAUAAGUUGUGAUCAAAGUUACAAGAGACAUAAAUCUUCUUUCAAAAAUGAAACACGUAUCUUUUCUCAACCUUCAAAUUGGAAUUCUUAUCAAUUUUCCAUUAACCAUUUAUUUUUUAUAAAGAUCGGUUUUCAUAUUACCUGUAAACCGAUUUUAUCGGCAAUGAUAGACGAUUUUAUACUUUCAUCCGAAGAAUCAUUGAGAAAUCUUUUACCAAGAGAACAGUGAAAUUAACCAUUGCGUAACUAAUUGUCACGAAGCUAGUAGAGUAUCCCCGCUAGAUGCAGACCGAGAGCAUUUAUUUUAGUCACGCUGGCUCACACCAUCCCUUCUUCGAUUCUAGACAAGUCCGUCGUUAUUUUUUGCAACCGCGUUCCACGUUCACUUUCAAUCGGAUCCCGUGUCAUCGACUAAUCACUCGUUACGACACAACGGAGCUUUUAAGCGCCUCGUUCUUGAGUAACAUUUCGUUCUCGCAAUAUAAUCUUCAGUCUGGCGUGCCAGUAUAGGUGCAACAUUAGAUAAUCAAAAAUCGGUCAAGAUUGCAUAUAAUAAUGUUCGGCAUACAUCUUUGUCGAAACAAGGUUAUCGAUCUUUUCUUAAAAUUUUCAAAUUUAAUUGAAACAUUUCUACUUCGUUUUCAUUUCAUAUAUAUUUCGCUCCCUUCUAUACCACCGAAAACAGACUUUGAAUCACCUCUGUAAAAUGCAAUUCACAAAUAGACAUAAACAAAUUCCAAUGAACACGUGCUCCAAAUUAAAAAGCUUUUUAUAUCGUAAACGUACAGCUCAUAAUUAUUAUACAUAAGCUAUUCCCAAAGAAGCAUUCUACGAAUAAGGAUAAAUAUCGUACUUUUAACGUAAGACAGAAAUCUCCAAGCACUUUAUUUAAAAACGAAAGAAUUUUCCCAUCUUCUUUAUCAAUUCGUUCGCAACGAAACCGUAUCUUAUAUUCACCUGAAUUUCUUUCGCGGAACGUACAAAUGAAACACGAUCGUUUCACUUCGAAUGAUUUCGCAUAUUUUUGAACACGUUUGAACGAUGCCAGCAGGAAGACGAAGCGGUCCGUUCAAUUUGCAAGACUGAUUUUCUUACUCUCCGUUCGAUCACGUCUUCAGGAGCCGGUCAAAUGAUUUGCGCCGAUGUAAUCGGCGGCGUCGCGUUGCCAAGAGACCGGGCCGUGCUCACCUGUGUCCAGUGCGUGCGUGCGUGGUAUUAGAAUCGGGAAUGAGAGUAACGAAAUCGUGUGCCGAUUUGGCCGAGUACACGCAAGCUGUUAGGAAGUAUUUCGCCGCGAGCCUCGCCGGGCGACGGUUACCGUGACGAGUUAAUCGCGACACGUCGAGAACGGGGUUGGGCUCUGUUGCAUUGUAAAGUUUAUACGUACGUCUAAACAUCGUUGAUUACUUUAAGUCCGUUAUUAAUCCUAAGACGUCUGACUAAAAAGACAUUAUUUCCGCGCGGGGCGGCCUGUCGACCGCGCCCGCACCCCGCUCUGUACAUUUCUUCCAUGCCGACGAGACGCUAGUCUAACCCGGUUCACCGUUCAAAACCGGCAUCCUUCUUCGAAUGUCGCGCACUUUUAACUUAAGACUCGCCAACUAUUUCUACACUUAAAACGCUCGAUCACGAACGAACACGAGCGAGCUUCGAGACGCUCUGCAGUUGUCUCAUGGAUCUCGAACGUGGAUCAGGCAUACGAUUCGAUUCGUCUUUGAUUUAUUAACACUUCGUUCACCGCUACUGAUCGAGGCAACCACUUUACUAAGUUAACUAUAUUGGCUUUCGUUAUGGCGUAGGAGUAUAUGUUUUUACUUGCAGACUUUUGUAACUUUGAAAUCAUUUUGUACUUUUUCAAUUAAUUCUGAUUUCUUUUGUUUUAACCGGUUAACUGCGUUUGACGAGUAUAUGUCAUCUUAAACCUCGAAGUGAUACUAAUUCCUUUAACGGUGAAUUCUUUAUUUUUUCACAUAAACAUGUAAGUUUUCUGUGUUUUGUUUUGGUUUUUCAUUAAAGUAUACUCUAGGCGCGUUCGUCCUGCAUUUGACGAGUGCAUACUUCAUUUUUUUAUUUUAUUGCACUCAAAACGAGAGAUUCUUGAAACUAAAUUCCACUUUAUCAGGCUGAAUCAGAGUAAUUUUAGUAAAUUAUCCAUUGUUAAGCAUUUGUAAUUGGAAAGCUGAUUAAUAGGCUUGCGGUGGGUAAAGUGUUAAUUGUUGAUUUUUCUUCCAUUGAUUUUUGAAUCGACUGAUUGAUUUUUCAAUUUUAUUUGCUAAUCUGUGAAUAAUUAUGGACAUUCUAUGGGUCACAGAGUUUAGAAACAGAAACGUGUGAAUAACGUUAUUGGUUUGGACGAUUGAACAGUUUAAACUUUACAAUUUUGUUGGCAUAAUUUCACAAUUGGUUUCUUAAAAUAUAUACUGAAAGGAAUCAGAAAUUUUAUAGAUCUUCUAUUUUAAUCAAGCAUCUUAUAGGCUUACAUUUCAUUAAAUUUAAUCCACCUGUAGUACAAAUAAUGUAAAUCUGUAGCCUACUUAUAAUUCUCAUGAAGUAUGUAGAUAAAUUGAUGUUAUAUAAACCAGAAUUAAAUAUUAAUUUAAUAUUUGGAUUUACACCAAAAAUUACGUGACAUUAGUUAUCAGUCAAAAUUUAAUUGUAAUAUUUAGUUGUCUGCUUACAAAACAUUUCCCACUAUAACAUCAUUAAUUUUCCUGCUCUGCUUCACUAUUUUCCUCAUUCCGCUCUAUUUUCUAAUUUAGAAGAGAAACAAUAGCGUGCUAGAAGAGAGGGAAACUAUACACGAUCAAUAUCCAUAGAACCAACUGAAUAGAUUCUGAACGCAAUACAAGUGUUCGUUCCGUGAUAUCAAUAAUUGUUUACCAGUAUUAAUACAAAUAGUUUAGUAUCGAAUCGUUGAACCUGUUAUCUCGGCUCGCGAGAUUGUAAUUCUCGAGCAUUUACCCUUCUGCAAUCAUCUGAUGUUAUUAACAAUUAAUAUCUGAAGAUCCUUCUUGAAUUUUUCGAUGCAAGACAUGCCAAUAGAGUAAAAUAUCAAUGAUUCGACUGAAUACUUUUGAGGAACAAUAUCCUUCCCUCGUAAGCAAUAUUUCACUCCCAAUUUUACAAAUUCUUUCGUACAAAAUAUAUUACGUGUUUCCACUUUUUCUACUCGGCUAGUAAGUAACUAUAUCAAUGAAGCAUGAAAAUCUACAAAUUUCGUUUCAAAAUAAGAUACAUCUUUUUAUACACUUUGGAAAAAAUCGACUGAAGCGAAGAGAAUUUAUUACACGCCAUUUUGGAUACCGUUUAAACUACGUUCCAUUCGUUUUUUCUCUCUUCAAAAUCAUGGAUGAUAUUUAAGUACUUCUCUCUUGGCGAAACACGAAUCUCCAAGUAUAAAAUAAUAUCAAACCUGUCAAGAAUGUUUGAAAACCCUAUCGAUCUCGUCGGUUUCGAGAGCGAAAGGCACCGGCCAAAAAGUCCGCGCGAUCCGCAACGAAUUCAAGCAUUCCCUCAGACUGAUUUCGAAAGUAAAAAUAAACGGUAUAGCUACCGUUUCUGCGUAUCGUGUUCAACGGCAAAGAGUUCCAAAAAUUCCACGACACUGCCAUUUCGCAAACUACUCGUGUGUGCCAAAUUCACGACUGACCACUUCCUAUUUCCGGUAACAAUAAUUUUACUCGAUCUCGAACGAUCCUUAGGCUAAACACGUUUUUUCGAUGGAUUUUACGGAAACCGUUGCUACGUAAACCAACGCUGCAUUUCUGUUUGAAACUUCGCUGUCCAAAAAUUUAGGACUAUUACCACGCUUUAAGUUCUAUUCCAAGUGUUCUUUGUAUUCAAGGAAAAUCAUGAGAGCCGUUGUUGGACACUACAAUUUUUUCUUUCCCUAAUCGUUGAACAAGCUUCCGUGACUGUAUGAAAACACGACAUAAAUCAUAUUUCGAAAUAGUUUCAAUUCAAGUCUUGAUCUGAAUUAUAGAUAACUUUGUACUAAAGAAAAAUGAUUAAAAGGUACAAUAAUCUUUUCUUCCAAAUACAAAUGUAGGAAGAUUGUAACCAACGAUCGGUAUUCGUUAUUUGAAACUUUAAGCAAAAGUAUUUGAAAAUUGAGCACUUGUAAAAAUUGAAAUCGUCUUUUCUAAUAAUCACAGGCAUUUCGUUUCCAGUGAGGUACAAAAUAAUUUUCAUAUUUUGGUCGAAUACUUGAACCCUAAACUUUCGAAAUACAAUGUAUACUUGAAUGACAGCUAAGUUCCGGAUAUGUGCGCGACACUGCGAAGACGAGGGCGUAGGUAUACGUAUAUAUAAAUUUAUAUAAAUAUAUAUAUGUAUUUAACGCGCAUAUAUGCGCAUACAUUACGAUACAUACAUGAGUGUAUAUACGAGAAGCACGUCAAUCAAACUCGUAGAGUUCGAUUAAUUUGUUAGGCCCUGUGCGUGAAGCGGGUAUUGUUUAUCGAACGAUAACAAAUUUUUGUACAUUUUUUCUUAUGUCACUGGCCGGCUAACCUCCGACGUAAGGCAACUGCGUACAUUUUACGAGUUCUUUCGGUAUCCAUAUGUUUGUUUUACUUCCGGGAAUAUUUUGACUCUUAAAACUAUCACUUUGAGCAUUCUACCCGGUGAAAAUUCAUUUUUCCAAGGCGACGAACGCUUGCUUCGCUUUUAAGUAAUUCAUUUUUAGUAUUUUCACCGUCUUCUAUCUUCUGUGUCAUUCAAAAUACUUUGCUGAAUCAUCUUUUUAUAGAAUCAUCUAAAUAAUUCGCAACUAAAGACUUACGUACCCUACGAAUUAAAUGAAUUUAUAAAUUUGUUUAUUUACGGUUUAAUUUUCAUUUACAUUGGAUAGGUACUUCAUGAAGCUGCUUUUCGUAUAUAUUAAACUGCCGUUCAACAUUUCGGAACAACUACCGCGGCUCACAUUUUUACUGCCACAUUACAUUAUUUCUCUCGAAAGUAAAUCCACUACAAUUCGAACUUUUACAUUUGUCUACAAUUAAAUACCGUUUCAUUACUAUAACGAAUAUUUUUAAUGAAAAAUUCAUUUAUUCAAGGGUCUAUAUAUGACAGAUCAAAUUAUAAAAUGCUCCAAACUGUUGAGCUGCAAUAUACAUACCUACCUACAUACAUAUGCAAAAAUUCAAAUUGAUAUGAAUAAUAGAGCAUUAAUGACAUGUGGUUAGCAAAUUUCAUGCAAACUAAUUGACACAUUUCACAAGAGACAACCCAAUUGGAAGCGUUCAUCGCCUCGGUCAAUCAACUCACCAUCAACGAACGUUACUAAUUUUCCCUUCGUUAAUCGUUAGGUCAAACAAUCGAGCCCCACGAUGCUACGAACGGUGUGUUUUAAUUAAAACAGUGAUGUAACUUGCAACGCCUCGAAAUACAUUUAAAGGUCCGCGGAAUUGACUUGUGGGUGUAAUCGAUCGUGACACGAGGAUCUAAGAAGCGAACAGAUACAGAAUCUCCAAAGAUAACGUUUCGAUGAACUUCAAAACCUAAAUGAUUCUGAAAAGCAACGUUUCAGCGAAAUGAAAACCAAGAUUUGGCCCAUAUCAAUUAUUAUCCGACUCAUUCGUUUGCAGAAAUCACCAUGGAUCUGUGUGAUUUGAUUAUUUUCCCUUGAUCGACGCAUUCGAAGUUACGUCACUGGUUUGUCCGCGUUUGCGAUGGAAUGAAAGCGUGGACAAUGAGCAAAUCAAACGAACAAUUAUUACUGUAACUACUAUUAGCAUCGUUGUAAAAACAAAAGAUAUAAGGGAGAACGAGAAAAAGAAUCAUGGUGCGAAUGCGAUAGUGUGUGCCUGCGAGUCCAAACUCGAAGUGUGGCGUGGCCACGUGCGAUCAAAUACGCCGGGAAGCCGCCAUUUUCUUCCCUGUUUCGCGAAGACCGCGAGACCAAAAAAAAAACGUGGCCACAGCCGAAACUGUAUCUAGUCGAUGGUAUGGCGUUUCGAAGCAUUGUGUCGAUCGUAGAAUCGAUAAAAUAAAUUGAUAUCCUGUAAAGUAUUAUAAAACAA